AUGUCCAGCACAAAUACCUGGAAGGAGCGGCGUGAGGCGGGUGCACGCUCCUCCGUCCCCGUUUCGUCCCCGCGCGCUCCUGUGUGGCGCGCGUUCUCCGGCGUCCUGGCUGCCCGGGCCGUGACCCUCCGGGCGGUCGCCUGGCUGCUCCUCUGGCAGGUGGCUGGGCUCACACGCACGCCCCCCACCGCCUGCCCCUCCGACUCGACCGACGCCGGCAUAAGGGCUACUUGUUCUGAUAUUAUUUUGAGGCAAGAAGUUCUGAAAGAUGGUUUCCACAGAGACCUUUUAAUAAAAGUGAAAUUUGGAGAAAGCAUUGAGGACUUUCAGACCUGCCGACUCUUAAUUAAACAGUACAUCCCGACAGGACUUUUUGUGGAUCCAUAUGAGUUGGCUUCCUUACGAGAGAGAAACGUAACAGAGGCAGUGAUGGUUUCAGAAAAUUUUAAUAUAGAAGCUCCCGACUAUUUGUCCAAGGAAUCUGAAGUUCUCAUUUAUGCCAGACAAGAUUCACAGUGCAUUGAUUGUUUCCAAGCUUUUUUGCCUGUGCACUACCGCUAUCAUCGGCCACAUAGCAAAGAUGGAGAAACAUUUAUUGUGGUUAAUAACCCUGAUUUAUUGAUGUAUUGUGACCAAGAGUUUCCAAUUUUGAAAUGCUGGGCUCAGUCAAAAGUGGCAGCUCCUUGUGCUUUGAAGAAUAAGGAUAUCUGCCAAUGGAACAAUAUGAAAUACAAAUCAGUGCAUAAGAAUGUGACUCUGCAGGUUCCAGUGGGACUGACUAUACACACCUCUUUAGUAUGCUCUGUGACUCUGCUCAUUACCAUCCUGUGUUCGGCUUUGAUCCUUGGGGCUGUUUUGAGAUAUGGCCAUCUUUCCCUAUAGGUUUUAUGCAGUUAAAUGCUUUCCAUAAACCUAAAUAAGACGUAAUUCAUUUGUGACUAGAAGUAUUCUUCUGGAAUUAGGUCAUUACUUUUGUCUUUUGUUUUCAUUUAUGGCUGAAAUUGUGUUUACUAGACGGAAUUUUGGCUCAUUUUCAACUAAUUCCAAACUUUUGUGCUCUAUUGUGUAAACCUUUGAUAAUCCUCAAGCAUCAAGUGCCAAUAGAAGAAACUUAAUUCUGUUAAAUUAAUAUUUAUUUUGUGAGAAGUGACUUUAUCUUCAUUUGAUUUAGAAAACUGAGUACUUUAUAUAUUACAAAUUAUUCUCAUUUUGUGAAUAGAAACAUUUCUCUUUAAGCUAAAAUUGAGAAAAUCAUUAUAAUAAGAAUAAAAUAAUUUGGAUAAAUCAGAAUUUAUUUAAACAUUAGUUUUAUGAAAAUAUUAAAGUCAUUUAUCCAGAGUUUCAAGGAAAAUCAUUAAAACAGCUAAUAUAAAAAUUGAUUAUUCCUUAAAAUAUUUCCAUUCUCCUUUUAUAUUUUAUAAUACUGCUUUUGAAUAUAUGAAUUGGCACAGGGCUUAAUGAAACUAAGUACUAUGAUUUAGUUCUGAUUUAGUACUGAAUUUGUGAGGAAGAUAAUUCAGAUUGUUUUGAAGAGUAUAUUUUAUUAAGUUGUACAUUUACAAAAAAUCUUUUUUGUAUCUUCAGGUGACUUUUUUUUUUAAACAAAAGGUCAUGAUUUACUGUUUUUCUUUAGAAAUUAGUAAAUAAAGUAAGUGCCAUAAGCUAAUUAAAAAUAUUAAAGGGCAAGCACACUCUUCUAUUUAUUCAGGACAAGCAUGUUCCAAAACAGAACCCAAUAAACCAGGGUAUGUUGGCAUUGUUUGUUUUAUAUAGAGUUAUGGGAUAUGAUAUAUGUGUAUGUAUGCUAUCGCUGCUUAAUGUCCUAAAACAGUCUGAUGUUUUUACGGGAAUAAAUCUUUUAUAAUUUGACAUGUA